AUGGGCGAGCUAAACCAGGCACGAAUGGAGGAACUGAUCAAAGCCGAGGAAGCCUAUCGGAGUGAGACCAUGUCAUCCAGUGUGUUCGAAGUGGAUGCCAUAGUGAAAAUGGCCAAACGCUUUCUGGAAGUCGGCACCACCACGUCUCGCUUGCAGUUGGGACCCCCGGAAAUCAAUGAGACAAUAAAGGAUGCUAUCGAAUCCGGCUACGGUAGCAUCCUGCUCAGAGAGCUGAGCGUAUUGGAGCUGACGGAAGUCAAUGAAAAAAACCGAGUGACCCUCUUCGUUCAAUUGUGCAGCUUGGCCAUGGAGCAAGAAGUGGGAUUGAGCAGUGCUCGUAGAAGAUAUCUUUCUGCUCUUCGAAAAGCAGCACUCCCACUAUUCGUCUACAUCGUCUACUCACCGAUCCAGCUUGGAUAUUUUUUGCGUCUCACCGUCAAUGAACGCACAUUCAUUUGUUUGAAACUAAUUGCAAAAUGGUAUCGCAACAAAUCGAAGGAAGAACUGAUCAUCAUAGUUCACUUCUGGCCAACUGUUGAUGGCUCAAGACAUCACGACGUUUGGAGACAUUGUCGUUGGAUUUUCAAGGAGCAAAUUGUUUUUGAAGAAAUGGCAGACUUAAUCGAUCAAGUGGAAUUGGACGAUCUGAUGGCAGAUCCUCACAUGAGAUCAGUUGGGGACUAUCUCUCAGAAGAGGUCGCAAUUCGCUAUUUGCCUCAAAGAUCGGUUGCAAGAGCUCUUUCACAACGAGAUCGGAUGGAAAUCGGGCGUUGCUUGAGAAGUGAAGAAUGGAAUCGAAAAACUUCUGCCGUUGAAAUCAUGUUUAUCGCCAAGCAUUUCGAAAACCAUACCGAUAUGGACACUGACUUCGUUAUGAAUACACGAUUGAAAAGAGCGUACGCCGUUCUCUGCUCCUCUGCAACAUAUGUUUCGAAAAAAGUUUGUGUGAUCAGAAUUGUCAAAAGAUCGGCUUCUGUUAGAAGACCGCAAACCGGCCUUGAGAGCUUGGAGAUCUGCACUGCAGUUUUAGAGGACCUCAUGAGGAAUCAGAAUGCAAGAAUGUAUAAUCAAUAUCCAAAAGAAAACGGAACUGGAAAUUAUGGUAAAUUCAGCACGAAAUACGAGGUUUCCCCAGGGCCGCUGUCAUGUUUUGAGAAAAACCAAUACGAUGCAGCGUUACUCAUCAAAACCGCAAUUCCUAUCAACUUAUUCUUUGACUGCUUCGUGAUUGUUGGCAUUUCUCCGUCAGUUUUCAAGAUGGAUAGAAUCAUGGCUGAAUUCGAUGAGUACAAGAAAGCCCUGAACCCAAAUUCAAGAUUGAUCUUUAUUGGAGUGGAUAGUUUGGGCAUGUACCCACCGGUCGAUAGCAGACAAGAUGUUCUUAUGGUCAGCGGUGUCACGGAAUACACAAUGUACCGAGUGAACUCUUUUAUUGAGCUGUAA